AUGUCCCUCGACUGGGCACCCCUCCACGACCCCGUCCUCGCCGUCGCUAAAUCCGCCUUCUCCCCCGCCGGCAUCGACGCCCUCUCCUCCCUCUCCCUCCGUCUCGGCGACACCGUCUACAUCUUCGAGCAAUCCUCCCCCUCCGACCCGGCCUUCUACCGCGGCUACCUCCUCUCCUCCACCACCCCCUCCGCAAAACUAUCAAACCGCAUCCGCAUCUUCCUCGGAUCAUUCCCCGCCUCCUGCGUCACCAUCACCGGCCCCGCAAACUGCCCCCUCGACCAGGCCCUCAUCCUCGGCUCCCAGCCCUCGCAAUCCCUCCAACUCCACUUCGAAGACCCCUCCUCCGCCUCCGCCGACCCUUCCGCCCUCUCCUCCCAAUCCCUCCCCGUCAUCGCUGAGAUCGAGUCCGCCCUCCACGAAUGGUGCCCCGAACUCACCCACGCCCUCUUCUCCUCCCCCUCCCGCAACUACCCCAAACUCAACUCAAUCGCCUCCCUGAUCUCGGACCUCUGCGAAACCCGCAAAUGUCUCCUGCUCGACAUCUACUCCGCCGCUGAGCGCGACUCCAGCAUAAAAUCUGCCGUCUGGCUCCUCGUCCGCGGCAACAAGCUCCUCUCCGGCGAUGUCAUCGUCCGCGCCGAACUCGACGGCCGCAUCCGCGUCGGCGACUACAACCUCAUCUCCCUCUUCCGCGACCAGGAAAUCAUGGCCCUCUCCACCCACGGCAUCGCCGCCUUCCACACCUCCCGCGCCGCCUCGCUCGAGGUCUCGGGCAAAAUGGAGCUCCUCCAUCUCCUCGCAAACUUCAAGCUCGUCAUCGGUUCCUGGCACGACGGCAUGUUUGCCAAAGUAUACCUCUGCUCAAAGUCGCGCGUCUUGACCGAGUCUUUUGUCGUCAACGGAGGCGUCCUCGACCAGCGCGCGCUCUUUGUCGAUCUGCCCCCGCUCGUCGCUAACGACGACAUCUUUCUCGUCGUCGAGAUCUUUGAGACUAUCUACAUGACCACCCAGAUCACCGGCGUCGACAAAGUCUCAAAAUCAUACACCAUCAAAGCCCGCCGCGGCGUCGGUCUCGGCGUCGUCGACAUCGGCCGCGUGAUGCGCGAAGUCUCCGAGACCGAGCGCGACACCACCCUCCGCAUCUUUGCCUCGUCUGCUUCUAGCCAGGCUAUGGACGGCAUCGCCAAAAAUGGCUGGGGCUCGCUUCGUGAUCGCCUUGUUCGAGGCGUCGCGGAUGGAAUUGAACGGGCAGGAAAGAUUGACAAGGUCAUUGUCGGCCUUCGUGCGUUCGAGUCCUCGAACUCCAAAUCUCUAACCGCUUCCAUGCCCUCCCUCUUCUCCGGUCUCUCUGGCAACCCGCGAACCCUCUUCACUUCCUCAACCACCAUCCCUCGCGACGAACUCUACCUCACCAUCGGCGGCAUGCACUUCCACUGGUCAGACUUCAGCGGCCGCCCUAUGCCCGAGCUCAGCAACAAAGCUCUCUACUUUGUCACCUUGUCCUGCAACAAGGAGUCCACCCUGCGCUUCCACGGCCACGCGGGCACCGAGCCGCAAGACAUGUGGACCUCCACCGUCGUCUCGCGCGACGAGAAACUGUCGGAAACAGUCUGCCUGUCCCCGCUCGCUCGCAACGCCGAGAUCCUUGUCCGCGUGCACCUGGCCGACGGUAAAGCGAUCGGCCAGGGCAAAUUCCCGGUCUGGAACGAGGACGUGAUCAUCAAAGAUGCGAAACGCAGCAUCCGCAUCGCGGACGUCAACGGCCUGCAAGUCGGCGUGCUCGAAGUCGACAGCUGUCUUGUCUCGAGCGAGUUCUCGUCCGACGAAACCCUCAACGACCUCAUCCGCUGGCGGAGAAUGCGCAAUGCCAAAGAAGACAGCCGCAAGGCUAUGAUCUCGGUCCUCAAGCAGAUCCGCUUUGUCGAUCCGAACGAGAUCUCAAAGCUCCUCCGUGAGGCUCUAGAUUCUGUCUUUGGCAUCAUCGCUUGGAAGGCUGGCGAUCUCGAGUUUGAGGAUGCUGCUUUUGCUGCUCUCGCUCAUAUCCUCGUCACCGUCGAAGAGCGAAACAGCCGCGACCGAGCAUUGCUGGGCGAAUACAUCGAUGGCCACUUCAACUACCCCAACGUCCUCGGCCCGCUAAUCUACGGCUUCCAGCGCUUGCUCGCAAAACACAACAUCCCCGACGCAGGCUCGAACGUGCGCGAGCUGCUCAAAGUCGGCGGCAUCAUCCUGCGCUUCAUAAACUCGUGCUGGGACAAGUUCCAGCAGCGCGACUCGAUCUCGAUCGAGAUGCAAAACUACAUGAAAGCCGUCGCCGACAUUUUCCAGCAGCUUUGCCGCAUCAUGGAACAGAGCCAGGUAUCGCUCGAGGCCAGCCAGAUCUCAAUCAUGCUGCACUUCCCGCAGUACGUGUCCGAAGUGGGCUCGAUCUUCAGCGGCGACAAGAUCUUUGAGAUGAUUAUCCUGUUUGUCGACGCCAGCGCAAAAGUCGGCUCCGUCAACCCAAAACUGGAUAUGCACAGACUCGUCAUGCUGCAGGAUCUCUCGCGGCUGCCCAUGUUUGCCGCCGGCGAUGCCGAGAUCCGCCGCAGACUGACCGUCCACACCAUCGAAUGGCUCAAGCUCUACAUCAUCCCCGCCGGCGACGAGGACGUCGCGAGCCUGGCGACCUGGCAGGCGUGGAAAGACAAGAUCCGGCUCUCGUGCGCGGUCCUGGCGACGCAGUUUGGCAGUCUCUGGCCCACGCGCGAGCAAAACAGCGAAAUCUGCAGUCUGUACGUGCAGCUCCUCCCCGCCGUGACGGCGACGUUUGUGUCGCUGCAGCAGGAGCGCAAGAGCGCGUUGAUCAGAGCAAUCACCGCGCCAAAGUUCAGGAACGAGUUCUCGGUCUUGUUCCCGGAAUCGUACCCGAUCCCGCCUAACCGCCCUGUGGACACGAGUAUCGACAAAAUCCCGUUCGACGAGCUCGCGAUCGAGCUGUCGUGCAUGCUCGCUGCGCUGGCUGAGUUUGCCACGUAUGAAUCGGGCGGGUCGUCGUCGAGCGAGGCGUUGACGGAGGAGCAGGCGAUCCAGCUCAUGAGCAACGUGCUCAAGAUGGUCGACUCUGUGCUCAAGGGUAAAGCCGUGCCCAAGUCCUGGCUUUCGGUGUACCUCUACAUGCACCGCUCGGUGCUGUCCUGUCUUGAGUUCAUCGCCGUGCUCUUGACCGAGUACUUUGCGCCGGACAAGGACACGGGCGAGUUACCGCUCGACAGCCGCAUGAUUGGCAUCUGGCACACUUUCUUCGAGCGGUUGAUCGACCUCGUGGGCUCGACCGCGCUCGAGAUCGAAGAGAUCUCCGACCAAAAACGCCGCACUGUCGAAGCCAUCUGCGGCGACGUGCGCGAGCAAGGCGCGCUCCUGCUCUCGCGCAUGUGGGCCGAGAUCGGCAACGACGCGAGCGAGCAGGUCAGGGCAAUGUACGGCCUCGAGACAAUCGGCGGAUACCAGAAGGUGUUUUGCACGAAGCGAUCGAGUCGCGGGUAUGGCCUCGUCGGACGGAUCGCGGAGUUGUGGAUGUCGAAGAGUAGAGAAGUGCGAGCGCAUGCGAUGGGUAUUUUGAAGAGCAUGAUUGUGCAGGAGUGGCAUACCAAGCACUCGCUUGAUGAUCUUCGCAGUGAUAUCAUUGACACGCUGGACCGCCUCUUCCAAAACAACGCGCGGAUGCUAAACCCAGACACCUUCGCGCUGGACGAGGUCAUCGGCUCAAUCAAGACCGCCUUCCCCGCCUCCAGCGAACUAGGUCAAGAAGUGCACAGCCUGCUCGGUGUCGUCUCGCGCCUGCUCGACCUUCUUCUCGAGCUGCACUCGCUACCCGAAGGCGACGCCUACAACGACGACCGCGUGCUCUGCACUCUGUCGCUCAUGGAAUGUCUGCGCGAUUUGCACCGCGAGGAGACCUUUGUCAAGUACGUGCACCAGCUGAUCCGCAUGCAGGAGAGCAGCGGGCACUACGCCGAAGCCGGUCUCACGCUCGGUCUCCACGCAAAGAUGUAUCCCUGGCGACUCGGGAUCGAGCUUCCUCCGCUACCCGAGCUCGAGCUGCCAUCGCAAUCCGAGUUCCGCCGCCGCGAGGCGCUCAGUCUUCAGAUGGUGCGCUACUUCACGCUGGGUAACGCGCCGCAGCUUGCGCUGCAGAUGUACAAGGAGCUCGUGACGAGCUACGAGACGAUCUCGUUCGAGCUCGAGAAGCUGCACGGCACCGCGACCGCGAUCGCGAAGCUGUACAAGGACGAGAUGUCUGCGAACGCCGCCUCGCGCCCGCAGCCGCAGUACUUCCGCGUUGUGUACUCUGGCCUCGGGUUCCAUCGCGCGCUGCGCGGGAAGCAGUUCAUCGUGCAGGGAAGCAAGUGGGAGAAGCUUGCGGACUUUACGGUGCGAUUGCAGAGUCUGUAUCCGCAAGCCAAGAUCGCUACCGCAGGCUCCUCGAACGGGUCGACUACGACGAACGGCAACGGAGUGAGCAGCAGCAGUGCGAGCAACAGCAACGGCAACGUGAACGGCAACAGCACGGCCGCGAAGCACAUGUCGAUCGCCUCGUCGUUCUCGAUGCUGUCGCAGACGAGCAGUCUCGAGGCGUCGCUGGCGGUCAUGAACGGCGAGGAAGAAGUGGAAGGCCAAUACCUGUCGAUCAUUGCUGUUGCGCCCGAACCCAGCCCUGCGCUGAACGCGGCAGUCGACAUUCCGCCGUCGGCGCGCGACUUUUUCCUUCGCCUGAGCCUCGACAGAUUUUCCGUCUCGCGACCGAUCAAGCACGGCACCGUCAACGGACGGCCUGUGAGCGUGUCGUCGGCGAACCCUGUCGACGUGUGGGUCGAGAAGACGGUGUUUGCGACGCGCGAGCGGUUCCCGACGAUUCUGCGGCGCAGCGAGGUCGUCGCGACCGAGGUGAUUUACCUGUCGCCGCUCGCGAGCGCCGCGGAAGCCAUCGCGCGCAAGGCCGGCGAGAUCCUGCAGAUGGCGCGGCGGUCGAGCGCUGCGCCGGGCGACGAGAUGUGCAGCUCUCAGCUCGGCAUGCUUCUUUCCGGCGCCGUGGAUGCGCCCGUGAACGGAGGCAUCCAGGUCUACCGGAACUUGCUCGAUCUGUACGAGUCCGACCAGUCGCCUGAGAUCAUGGAGCACAAGGAGCGCACGCAGCUCGUGCUGCUGGAUUACGUCGCGGUGCUGAUGUACGCCCUGCACGUGCACUCUGUGGUUGUCGUGCAGGCGCUGCGGCCGCUGCACGAGAGUCUGAUUGUGCUGUUUGACCGCAACUUCAAGCACGAGAUCAAGUUAGUCGAGGACGAAGGCCGCGUGAUUGACGCGCUCGAGCUGCGAAACGGCGUGCGCCGCGCGCCCGAGGACGGCGCGAGCCGGAUCGGAUUGACGCAGUUGCCGGCGCUGCAGCCCUCGGCGACGAUGACGACGAUCGCGAGUAGUAGUCGCCAGAACGGGUACGCGGCUGCGGAUAUGGUGAAGCCGCCGCCGGCGUCGUCGAAGACGACGAUGAGCAGUGUUACUACGUUGAACUCGGCCGCGAGUCAGUCGGCUGCGAGCUUGGUGUCUAAUCCAUCCCGGUCGUCGACGGCGGCGUCGCCUGCGUCUCCGAACGGGGGGCAUAGACGGUCGCACUCGAUUCGGAAUUCCGAGCAGCAGCAGCAGCAGCAGCAGCAGCAGCAAAGAAAGACUGUCGAACGCAAGGUGUCGUCAGUAACUCUGAAAUCGGAGAACUCGAUCAACUCGUCAGCCGCGUCGACGAAGAGCAAGAGCUCGACCGGUAGCGGCCACAGCAGUCUCGCGAGCCGGAUGGGCAUGGGCGGCAUGUCGCGGCGGUUCAGCAAGAUCCGGCUCGCGAACGGAGGCAGCACGGUUGAUGGCGCGAACGGGACGUCUGCGAGCGCGGCAGCGGCGGCGGUGACGGCUGCUGCGUUGGCUGCGAACGGGGGUGCUAAUGGCGGACAGGGGAAUUUGAACGGGCUUGGGUUGACUACGAAGCAGGGGUUGGGUGUGUUUAGAGAGGAGUAG